CGUGUUUUAAGAGAACGAACAGAAAGCAAAGACAGAACCCUAGAGAGAAGGCAGGCGUGACUAGGAAAUCAGUGGGAGUGGUACCGCCGACGAUACUUCAUCGGAGGGAUCACUUUGCUAGGGCGGAAGGUCGGAAGGGAGUGCUGCGAUGGGUGGCGUGGUUUACAUCCCGGUGCAGAACUCCGAGGAGGAGGUCAGGGUGGCGCUCGACCAGCUUCCUCGAGAUGCCACUGAUAUGAUCGACAUCCUUAAGGCUGAGCAGGCCCCGCUCCAAUUUUGGCUUAUCAUUGCGAGAGAAUACUUUAAGCAAGGAAAAGUUGAUCAGUUUCGGCAGAUUUUAGAGGAGGGAUCAAGCCCUGAAAUUGAUGAAUACUAUGCCGAUGUCAAGUAUGAAAGGAUAGCCAUUCUCAAUGCAUUGGCUGCAUAUUUCACCUAUUCGGGAAAGAUUGAGUCAAAGCAGCGAGACAAGGAAGAUAAUUUUGUUUUGGCGACCCAGUAUUACAACAGAGCAUCACGAAUUGAUCCUCAUGAACUCAGUACUUGGAUUGGGAAAGGUCAACUUUAUGUGGCAAAAGGUGAAUUCGCUACAGCAUCUGAAUCAUUCAGAAUUGCAUUGGUUGAAGAUCCCAAUUGUGUUCCCGCAUUGCUUGGUCAGGCUUGCGUUGAUUUUAAUAUUGCUGAGAGAGAAGAGCACUACAAGAAGGCCAUGGAUUCAUAUAGAAGUUCAUUAGACAACUAUAAGAGAGCCCUGCAAAUUAACCCUAAUUGCCCAGCUUCUGUAAGACUUGGUAUUGGUUUCUGCCGUUACAAACUUGGUCAGUUUGAAAAAGCUCGGCAAGCUUUUCAACGAGUCUUACAGUUGGAUCCAGAAAAUAUUGAAGCUUUAGUAGCUCUGGGAGUAAUGGAUCUGCAAACAAAUGAAGCUGGCGGCAUUCGAAAAGGAAUGGAGAAGAUGCAAAAAACAUUUGAAAUUCAUCCUUAUUGUCCAGUGGCCCUAAAUUACUUGGCCAAUCAUUUCUUUUUCACCGGUCAACAUUUUCUGGUUGAGCAGUUAACUGAGACAGCUCUCGUUGUUAGCAAUCAUGGGCUAAUGAAGGCACAUUCUUUCUACAACCUGGCAAGAUCAUACCAUAGCAAGGGGGACUAUGAAAAAGCUUUGCGGUUCUACAUGUUAUCUGUUAAAGAAAUCAAUAAACCACAAGAAUUUGUUUUGCCAUAUUAUGGUCUUGGUCAAGUCCAACUGAAGCUGGGGGAUUUUAGAAGUUCUCUUUCAAGCUUUGAAAAGGUCUUGGAGGUCUAUCCUGAGAAUUGUGAAAGUCUUAAGGCUAUUGGACAUAUAUAUUCUCAAUUAGGUGAGAUUGACAAAGCUGUAGACACAUUUCGUAAGGCUACUAGAAUUGAUCCGAAAGACUCUGGGCAGGCAUUCAUGGAACUCGCGGAGUUGUUAAUAUCAUCUGAUACUGGCGCUGCAUUGGAUGCCCUCAAAACGGCUCGCAAUCUUCUCAAAAAGGGAGGCCAAGAUGUACAGAUUGAAUUGUUGAACAAUAUUGGAGUUCUAUAUUUUGACAAGGGAGAAUUUGAGUUGGCUGAACAAACUUUUAAGGAAGCAUUGGGUGAUGGCAUCUGGCUUUCGUUGUUGUCUGGUAGUAUAGUCUCUAGUGCACAAUCCCUCAAUUACAGGGAUUUUAGUCUAUUCCAACAGCUUGAAGAAGAUGGUUUAUCCUUUGAACUACCUUGGGAUAAAGUUUCCACACUCUUCAACUAUGCCAGAUUGCUCGAACAAGUAAACGGGACUGAAAAGGCAAGCAAUUUCUAUCGACUAAUUCUGUUCAAGUAUCCAGAUUACGUGGAUGCAUAUUUGAGGCUGGCAGCCAUGGCAAAAGCACAAAAUAACAUUCAACUGAGUAUUGAAUUGAUAAAUGAUGCUCUCAGAGUAGAUGACAGAUGCUCCAAUGCUCUAAAUAUGCUCGGUGAUCUGGAACUUAAGAUUGAUGACUGGAUAAAAGCAAAAGAAACAUUACGAGCUGCUAAAGAUGCAACUGAUGGAAAAGAUUCUUAUUCUACUCUUGCCUUGGGAAAUUGGAACUACUUUGCAGCUGUACGGAAUGAGAAAAGAGGUCCAAAGUUAGAAGCACAACACUUGGAAAAGGCCAAGGAGUUGUACACUAAAGUUUUGAUGCAACACACUAGUAACUUGUAUGCAGCCAAUGGUUCUGCUAUUGUAUUGGCUGAGAAAGGUCAAUUUGAUGUUGCAAAAGAUAUAUUCACACAGGUCCAAGAAGCAGCCUCUGGAACUAUUUUUGUUCAAAUGCCGGAUGUGUGGGUCAAUUUGGCUCAUGUCUACUUUGCUCAAGGUCAUUUUGCAUUGGCAGCAAAAAUGUAUCAAAACUGUUUGCGAAAGUUCUAUUACAACACCGACACCCAGGUUCUUCUUUACUUGGCACGAACUCAGUAUGAGGCCGAACAAUGGCAAGAAUGCAAGAGAACUCUCCUGAGAGCCAUUCAUUUGGCACCCUCAAAUUACACACUCCGGUUUGAUGCAGGAGUUGCAAUGCAAAAAUUUUCAGCUUCAACACUCCAAAAGUCUAAAAGGACUGCUGAUGAGGUGCGCUCCACUGUCUGUGAAUUGAAGAAUGCAGUCCGUGUAUUUAGUCACUUAGCUGCAGUUUCAAGCCACCAUGUCUAUGGAUUUGAUGAGAAGAAACGUGAAACACAUGUUGAAUACUGCAAACACUUGCUUGAAGUUGCUAAGGUUCAUUGUGAAGCAGCAGAAGCUGAAGAACAACAGAAUCGUCAAAGACUGGAAGCUGCUCGGCAAAUUUCUUUGGCAGAGGAAGCUCAACGCAAGGCUGAAGAACAGAGGAAAUAUCUGAUGGAGAAGAGAAAGCAAGAAGAUGAGCUUAAGCAAGUCAUGCAACAGGAGGAAGAUUUUGAACGCAUUAAGGAGCAAUUGAAGAAUUCCACCAAUACUUCUGCUAAACGACGGGAGAGAGAGAGAUCCCAUGGUGAGGAUGAAGAAGCUGGUGAUAGGAAGAGGAGAAGAGGUGGUGGUGGUGGUAGAAAGAGGAAGGAGAAAAAGACUAAAACUCGAUUUGAGGAGGAAGCUGAAAUGGAGUAUGAACAUGAUGAUAAUGAGGAAGACACAGAUACCUUCAAUUAUUAUGAUGAUGAUGGAGCAGGCAAAGCACAUAAUGACCUUACUGCUGCUGGUCUUGAAGAUUCUGAUGUCGAAGAUGAUCAGGGUAUCAAUUCUUCAAUUAAUCGAAAGAGAAGAGCCUUAUCAGAAUCUGAUGACGAUGAUGAGCCACUGGAGAGACCCAGGGGUAUUGAAACUGAUGAUGAAGCUGAUGGAACUAAAGGAAAAGGUGGUUCUGGCGAUGAGGAGGAUAAUGACUAAAUAUGGUUAUAUUCUUCCAACUGGUAGUAAAAUACUGAAAGCAAAGAAAGAGUUUUGCUGCUAACCAUCUCAUCACCCUAAGACU